AUGGCUGCAACCUCACAAAAGGGUUCUGCGAAACGAAAACUAAGCGCAACGCCUCUGUUGUCUCGCAAAAGGGCAAAAUUAGACAAUCUUACUACAGACCAACUCCCUUGGAAGGCUUCAUCUCGUCCGCGAGAGGUUGGCCUCGGGGAUGCGUUUGAUGGGCUUUUGGAAUUGGAGGAGGUGGACAAUGUAGAGGUAGUAUACGAGGAGACGGAUGCGGGUAAAGUGGUCCGAUUCAAUGUGAAAGAUGAAGACGACCAGCAGGCCUUGGGUGGUAUUGAACAAGAUCAAGCUGUCGCAGGAUCGUCUUCUGCACCUGCAGAGGAAGCGGUCGCAGACCCAUCUCAAUCCGAGAAGGAUACACCCUUCGAUUCAACGAAGAUGCUUCCAAAAUGGCAUCGCUUCACGUUACAUCCUCAACUUCGGCGUGCUCUCUAUGCACAACGCUUCACUGAUCCCACACCCAUACAAUCGGAAACACUUCCGCUUGCCAUGAAAGGCAAAGAUAUAGUAGGUGUGGCAGAAACGGGUUCCGGCAAGACCCUUGCAUAUGGACUGCCCAUUCUGCACCAUCUCCUGGCGCACGCUUCUUCGCAUGAACCGACUUCCAAGCAACGUAGGCCAGUUCGUGCUCUGAUCCUCGCACCAACCCGCGAAUUAGCAUUGCAGGUCUCCUCCCAUCUGAAUGCGUGCUUGAGCGCUGCCAGUUUACCUUUUGGAACUGCUGUCGACAACGAUAAUCCACAGACAAAAGAUGUAAUUGCUUCUGAGAAGUAUUCCAAGGUAAAAGGGAAAGGGAAAGAGAAAGAGAAGACUAGCGCACCGUCAGCCCCCAAGCUGAAUGGUAGGCCGCUUGUCAGCGUCGCGGCCGUCGUCGGCGGCAUGUCCCUUCAGAAACAACGGCGAAUUCUCUCACGCGGUGCCGAUGUGCUUGUCGCGACCCCAGGUCGACUGUGGGACAUUAUACAGGAGGAUGAUGAACUUGCGGGCCAGAUUGAGCAUUUGCGCUUUCUUGUACUAGAUGAAGCCGACAGAAUGAUCGAGACUGGCCAUUUCGCCGAGAUGGAUAACAUUCUUAGGCUGACUCUGCGUCAGGCAAAGGAAGAUGCGGUAGAGUCCGAAUUUGAAGCGGAACCUCCGUUGGUAGCAGAAGAGGAAGAGGAAAGCAAGGAAGGCGUGAAAGCAGGAGAGAUGCAGACAUUUGUCUUCUCAGCUACACUUAGUAAGGAUCUGCAGCGUAACCUCAAGCGACGUGGCCGAUCGUGGAAAGCCAAGAAAGGAGGUUCGGCACUUGAUGACUUACUACUGAAACUCGAUUUUCGCGAUUCCGAGCCUGCAGUGAUUGAUAUCAGUCCGGCAGGCGGCGUGGUGGCGACUUUGAAAGAGAGCAGGGUGGAAUGCCUCACAAAUGAUAAGGAUGCCUAUCUGUACUACGUUUUACUGCGGUACCCCGGACGCACUCUAGUCUUCCUCUCAUCGAUCGAUGGUAUUCGUCGACUGCUACCCAUCAUGGAGUUGCUUCAGAUUCCUGCGUACGCUCUUCACUCGCAGCUUGAGCAACGGCAGCGACUCAAGAAUCUCGACCGAUUCAAGUCGAACCCGCGAGCGGUGUUACUUGCUACGGAUGUGGCAGCGCGUGGACUGGAUAUCCCUGCGGUUGACCACGUCAUUCACUAUCAAGUGCCACGUACGGCAGAUGCGUACGUGCAUCGGAAUGGACGAACAGCGCGUGCCAUGCGUCGCGGCUUCAGUUUGCUCAUGUGCGCCCCGGACGAGCGGCGAGUCGUAAAGGCACUAUUUGGAAGUUUGGGAAGACAGGUGGAUGAGGUGCAGGAGAUGCCCGUAGAACUAUACAUGUUGGACAAGCUCAAAGCGCGUGUGCAGCUCGCUCGUCAGAUUGACAUUUCGCAGCAUAAGGAGAAGAAGGAGAAGCAUGACAAGAAUUGGCUGAGAGAAGCUGCGGAGGCUAUGGAGAUCGAUCUAGACUCUGAUAUGGAAAGUUCUAUUGAAAAUGAACAACGAGGUGCGCCGUCGAAACAGAAGCGAAGGUCCAUAUCAACAAAGGUCAGCGCCAUGAAGGCAGAGCUGAAGGGCCUCCUGGCGCAGCCUCUAGUUGCUCGGGGUAUCUCGACGCGGUAUAUCACGUCGGGCAGCGUCCCGAUAGCUGAUCAGCUGCUUGCUGGCGAAUAUAAUGAAACAAUGGUCGGCUUGAAGAGAAUUGAAGCAGGAAGUGAUUUAAUUGGUACGAAAAAACGAGGCCGACGAGCAAAGCAAGAGGAUAACCCCACCGCACAGUUUGACGAGUGGAAGGGAUUUGAAUCAUAG